CCUGCUGUGGCUGGUCUGGGGGUGCUGAGCCCUCGUCCAGACCCUGGUGGAGAGUGAGCCUCUCACCAUGUCAGCCUGCUGCAACUGGAAAUGCAUUUUCCAGUAUGAGACAAACAAGGUCCUCCGGAUCCAGAGCGUGAAUUAUGGCAGCAUUAAGUGGAUCCUGCACCUGCUGGUCUUUUCUUACAUCAGCUUUGCUUUGAUCAGUGACAAGCGGUACCAAAAGAAAGAGCCUGUCAUCAGCUCCGUGCACACCAAGGUGAAAGGGAUAGCAGAGGUGAAGGCGGAGAUACUGGAGAAUGGAAUGAAGAAGGUGGUGUCUGAAGUCUUUGACACCGCAGAUUACACCUUCCCCCUGCAGGGAAACUCCUUCUUCGUGAUGACAAACUUUCUCAAGACAGAAGGCCAACAGCAGGGGAGAUGUCCUGACUUUCCCACCAGGAGGACAAUCUGUUCCUCUGACAAGAAUUGUAAAGAGGGACGGAUGGACCCGCAGAGCAAAGGGAUCCAGACCGGAAGGUGUGUAGUGUAUAAAGAAAGGCUGAAGACCUGUGAAGUCUCCGCCUGGUGUCCCGUCGAGGAAGUGGGAGAGCCCCCCCGGCCCGCGCUCUUGAACAGUGCCGAAAACUUCACUGUGCUCAUCAAGAAUAACAUCGACUUUCCUGGCCACAACUACACCACGAGAAACAUCUUGCCAAGUAUAAACAUCACCUGUACCUUUCACAAGACUCAGAAUCCACAGUGUCCCAUUUUCCGACUGGGAGAAAUUUUCCAAGAAACAGGAGAUAAUUUUUCAGAAGUGGCAAUUCAGGGAGGGAUCAUGGGCAUUGAGAUCUACUGGGACUGCAACCUGGACAGUUGGUUCCAUCACUGCCGCCCAAAAUACACCUUCCGUCGCCUUGAUGACAAGACCACCAAUGAGUCCUUGUACCCUGGCUACAACUUCAGAUACGCCAAGUACUACAAGGAAAACAACGUUGAAAAACGGACUCUGAUAAAAGUCUUCGGGAUCCGUUUUGACAUUCUGGUUUUUGGCAUCGGAGGAAAAUUUAACAUUAUCCAGUUUGCAGUGUACGUUGGCUCAGUCCUCUCCUACUUUGGUCUGGUCACUGUGAUCAUCGACUUGCUCAUCUGCACUUACUCAAGCGCAUGCUGUCGAUCCCACAUCUAUCCCUCUUUCAAGUGCUGUAAAUACUGUGCAGUCAAUGAAUACUACUACAGGAAGAAGGGUGAGCCCAUUGUGGAGCCAAAGCGGACAUUAAAAUAUGUGUCCUUUGUGGAUGAACCCCACAUCAGGAUGGUGGACCAGCAGCUAUUUGGGAAAAGUCUACAAAAUGUCAAAGGUGAAGACGUCCCAAGACCCUCAACGGACUUCACGGACUUGUCCAGGCUGCCGCUGUCUCUCUAUGACCCAUCCCCUACUCCUGGGCAACCAGAGGAGAUGCAGCCGCUAAGUAGGGAAGUGACUCCUAUAUCCAGCAACAGCCCAGACUGGUGCCAGUGUGGACACUGCCUCCCAUCCCAGCUCCCCGAGAGCGACAGAUGCCUGGAAGAGCUGUGCUGUCGGAAAAAGCCUGGUGCCUGCAUCACCACCUCGGAGCCCUUCAGGAAGCUUGUCUUGUCCCGACAGGUCCUGCAGUUCCUCCUGCUCUACCAGGAGCCCUUGCUGGUGCUGGAUGACAAUGCCAACAGCCGGCUGCGGCACUGUGCCUACAGGUGCUACACCACCUGGCGCUUCGGCUCCCAGGACCUCGCCGACUUUGCCAUCCUGCCCAGCUGCUGCCGCUGGACAAUCCGGAGAGAGUUUCCCAAGAGUGAAGGCCGGUACACUGGCUUCCAGAGUCCUUGCUGAUGGCACAGGGCUGAGCAGGCGUGUUAAUGUUUGUUUCCUUUGUUUGUGCCCUGAGCUUGACCUAUAAAGAUCUGUGGCCAAACGUUCAACCAAAGGGAAAUGUGUUUUCCGCUCCUGCAGCUCUAGACAUGUCAGAAAGCAGAACGAACAAACAAACAAACAAACAAACCGAAUCCCUCAGCAGGGACCAAGUCGAGAGAUUCGGAUCUGUGCCUCAGUUCUGUCCCCAGCAAGUUGUGUGGUCCUUGGCUUUUAACUCUGCACCGCAGUUGCCCUCCUACCCAACCUGCAAUCCCAACCGAGGGGUCGGGAGGACAAACAGAGAGUGUACAUGAACUUUCUGAUCAAUGCACAAAGAGCUACAUGAAUGCAAAGCGGCUCCUUGUGAGGCCAGACUGGGAUAAGGAUGACUAUGAACAAACCUUGGGGUGCUGGCUGGAGACUGUGGAGGAUUAAUGGUGGGCCAAAUUCUUGGGCACUUGUCCAUAACCUAAGGGUUAUGUCUCCUCCCCCUGCAUGUGCGCAGCUCUGACUGCUUUAGCCAAUCGUGGAAGUAACGCUGUUCUGGCUUCGGGGUCUUGGUCUUGGGGCUGACAGCUUCCACCUCCCGUCCUGCCCCAUGGCUGCUGCAAAGCCAGCCCCCAUAGAGAGGUCUGCCUCUCCUCAGACUACCCAACUGUGAGGCAGCUCCAGAAGCCACAUGGACAACAGAGAUGUCUGACCAGUUCCCAGCUUCCAAGACAUCCAAACGCAGUCACUGGACAUGGGAGAGAAGCCUUUAGAUGAUUCCACGCCCUACUAGCAUCGGACUGCCACUGCAGGAGACGCCUCCCAGGGCACCCACGGAAGAAAACCAUUGUUUUAAGCCACUAAGUUCUGUGUUGUUUGAGACACAGCAACAGAUGGAGGACAGAGAGCAAGCCUGACUCACUGGAACACAGACUCGGCCUAGACAUUCCAUGGUUCUAGGGUUCUUAGGGAGACUGGACCACCCCUGAAGCUCCAUGGGGGCUUCGGUCUCUGUUCGGCAGUCCUAUCACGGAUAAGAACAAAUCAGGGAACCCACCAGACCAGCCCUGGAAUCCAUCCAGUCUAACUGUUGAACCACCCAAUACAUUCUCACCCACAGCCUAUUACUAGAACUGGAAGUAGCUAUUGCUGCUAAAACUGGAAAAGGCCACCUUUCUUUCCUUAACAUCCUGCACCUCGUAGCCAAUCAGAAUGGACACAGUCUAGAUGCUACUUAAAAAGCAACUCACACCCAAACCUUUACCAUUUCUGUACAGUGACCUGUAAGAAUGUGAAAAUGGAUAGUCAGAGGUUUUAGGAUCUUCCUUCAGGAUUUCCUUUUCAUGGUUCUGGUAUUAGAAUUGAUUAUUUCUAAACAACUCUUUUAAAGAAUAAAUAAAGACCACUAUUCAACACUGUAAACGAUGAAGGGUCUAUGAGUUUUCUUAAUACAUAUUCUAAGGUGUACCAUUUUGAUAUGUUUUGAAAACCAGGUGCUUUUUACUGUAUUCAUGUAAAGUGAAUAUGAGCAAAACACUUCUUUUUUUGACCCAGGAUUUUAUCUGGCUUUAAACUCAGGAAUAAACUAGGCCAGACUGAACUUUCAUCUUUACUAUCUUUCAGAGAUAGGAGAUGAUAUACGACUUCUUAUAUGUAAGAAAUGUAUUCGAAAAGUUGGUUAUAUGGGACUUCUUUAGAAUUUAAAUUUUUGCUCCUAGAAGUCUAAUGUAUGAGCUACAGAUUUCCAUUCUGAUAAACCUCUGAAACUUUAUACCUUUAUUUUAUUUUACUUUAUUUCUUGAUGCCUUAUCCCUAGUGUAUUUUUAUCACCCCUGGAGGCCCCAAAUGGAGUCAGAAUUUGUAAUGACAAUUAGGCCCUGGAUCUUCCUACUAUCCCCUUUCACCUUCCCCACAGAUGCUUUAGGUGAGAGGGUGAUGUGUUAUGUCAACGGUGUGUAAUGUCUGACACUUCCAAAAAUAACGUGCAUCUUAUUUGUAUCUGGUUUUUAGUCGACUGCAAAAACUAAUGUCAUCAGCAAAGGCAUCCCAAGGAGAAUCGCACUUUAUAGGAUCUGUUUUCUUGUACUUAAGCCCAUUAUUCUAUAGGGUAAUUGCCCAGCAUUCACUAUUUCAUGUCCGUAUUAGAGAUCUUUCUUGUAACAUUAGCUGGUUUCAUGUAGAAUUGGUAAUGAACUUGCAUUUCUCUCUUCACAGGGCACCAGUUUUUAAAUACAUCCUAAUUCUAGUUUGGUAUUCACAUGUCUUAACUAGAUAAUAUGUUUUGAUAAUAAAAAUAUCAUUGUUUUAAUUAUAAAAGAUAAUGUAUAAUUUAUGAUUACUGAAGUGUUCCUUCUACUUCCUUUUCUCAGAAGAUCCCCAAAUCACGGCUAGGCAUUGACACUUUCAUUCAACAUAUAUUUUGAGGAACUAUGACAUUAUAAGAUAUAUAUUUGGUCUCUGCUCCCAAUUCCUGACAUAGAGCUCCUAAAUCCCUCAGAAUCUGCUGGGUGAUAAGAAUGUCUUGUGUUCUAACAACGCAACUCUUGGUGGGCUCCAAACUUCAGGAUGGGGGCUGGCUGCCAGAAAGACCAAGCUACAAUCAGAAGCUUAGGCCUUUGAGCCCCAUUCUCUCAUCCUCUAGAGUGGAGAGGAGUUGGAAAUGGAGUUAAAAAUUGAUUGCGCCCACGUGAUAAAGCCCUCCUAAAAAAGUCUCAAUUACGAAAUUUGGAGAACUCCUGAAUCAAUGAACACAUCUACA